AGUAUCCCAAGUGCUUAAUUGCUGGAGAUAUUUGCACCUCCUCAGCCAGUGGUGCUUACCUCCUGGGCUUGUGGCCAGGGUCCUCACCCGGCGUGGACCUGCUGAGUUGUGGUGGGAAGCUGCACUUCCUGUGCUGGGGCCCCCAGAAAUCAGGAAUGAGAGAAAUGCAGAAAGUAUGACCCACACGCAGAACUGGUUCUGAAUAGGACGUUUAUUGACGAGGUUUUGCAGGAGGCGGCGGGCGCUUUAAUUCCCGAGGCAGUUGGUGGCAGCUUGCUGCUCUCCCCAAGCCUGUUAACUGCUCUGCUGCCGGUGCUGGGGAGAAUGCAGCUCCCCGGCCCCUCGCCGCCCUCCCGGUGCUCGGAUGGGAGCCCUUUUGAGGAAAGCGAAUCUCCCUGGGGUGCCCACCCCAGGCAGCAAUGCCAGGAUGCCCGUGUCUGCCUCCCUCCGCCAAGAAGGCAGCCAGGAACGGCCCGUGAGCCUGACGUCCACCAGCUCCUCCUCAGGCUCCUCCCGUGACAGCCACGGUGCCAUGGAGGAGGCCAACGGCUCCGAGGCUCCUGCCGAGAAUGGGGCAGGCUCCCCGAGAGGCCGGCAUCCCCCUAACAGUAACAACAACUCCAGCAGCUGGCUGAAUAUGAGGGGGCCCCUGUCCCCGUUCGGCAGCCGGGCGGCGGCAGGGUCUGUGCACCACAAGCUCAGCUACCUGGGCCGCGUGGUGCGGGAGAUCGUGGAGACGGAGCGCAUGUACGUGCAGGACCUGCGCAGCAUCGUGGAGGACUACCUCUUAAAGAUCAUUGACACACCCGGGCUGCUGAAGCCAGAACAAGUUAGCGCCCUCUUUGGGAACAUAGAAAACAUCUAUGCACUGAACAGCCAGCUACUCAGAGACCUGGACAGCUGCAAUAGUGACCCUGUGGCUGUGGCCAGCUGCUUCGUGGAAAGGAGCCAAGAGUUUGAUAUCUACACCCAGUAUUGCAACAACUACCCCAACUCCGUGGCCGCCCUGACGGAGUGUAUGCGGGACAAGCAGCAGGCCAAGUUCUUUCGGGACCGGCAGGAGGUGCUGCAGCACUCGCUGCCCUUGGGCUCCUACCUGCUGAAGCCAGUCCAGCGCAUCCUCAAGUACCACCUGCUGCUCCAGGAAAUUGCCAAACAUUUUGAUGAAGAAGAGGACGGCUUCGAGGUGGUGGAGGAUGCCAUUGACACCAUGACCUGUGUGGCCUGGUACAUCAACGACAUGAAGAGGAGGCACGAGCAUGCAGUCCGGCUGCAGGAGAUUCAGUCGCUGCUCAUCAACUGGAAGGGCCCAGACCUGACCAUCUAUGGGGAGCUCGUCCUGGAGGGCACAUUCCGCGUGCACCGUGUGCGCAACGAGAGGACCUUCUUCCUCUUUGACAAAACACUGCUCAUCACCAAGAAGCGGGGCGAUCACUUUGUGUACAAGGGUCACAUCCCGUGCUCCUCCCUGAUGCUGAUCGAGAGCACCAGAGACUCCCUGUGCUUCACCGUCACCCACUACAAGCACAGCAAGCAGCAGUACAGCAUCCAGGCCAAGACGGUGGAGGAGAAGCGGACCUGGACUCACCACAUCAAGAGGCUCAUCCUGGAGAACCACCACGCCACCAUUCCCCAAAAGGCCAAGGAAGCCAUCUUGGAAAUGGAUUCCUAUUAUCCCAAUCGGUACCGCUACAGCCCGGAGCGGCUGAAGAAGGCGUGGUCCUCCCAGGAUGAGGUGUCCACCCACGUGCGCCAGGGGCGCCGGCAGUCUGAGCCUGGUCACUCCCCGUACCGCCGGGCAACACUCCCCAGCGAGCAGCGAGGCUUCCUGAUGCCAGGCCUUAAGGGCCGUAGAAAGUCGGAGCCAACCAAACACCUGCUCAGGCAAGCGAACGAGAAAGCAGCCAGCGAAGCAGGAAUGAAGGGGAAGGGGCACAGGGAGUCUGAAGGCCCCAAGAGCUGCAGAAGGCCCAGUGGCCGGUCCCCAACCAGUGCUGAGAAGCGCAUGAGCUUCGAGUCCGUCUCUUCCCUGCCAGAGGCUGAGCCAGACGCCGAGCCCGGGACCGAGCAGGAGGUGUUUGCUGCCAUGGAAGGUGCCAGUGCCGAGGAGAUGCCUUCAGACACAGAGUCUCCAGAAGCAUUGGAGACACAGCUUGACGCCCACCAGGGGCUGCUGGGGAUGGACCACCCGGGUGACAUGGUGGACUUCGUGGUGGCCGAGAGCACCGAGGACCUUAAGGCCCUGAGCAGUGAGGAAGAGGAAGAAAUGGGGACCGCUCAGGAGGCUGAGAGCCUCCUGCCACCCUCCGUGCUAGACCAGGCCAGCGUCAUUGCUGAGAGAUUUGUCAGCAGCUUCUCCCGGCGGAGCAGCCUGGCGCUGGAGGACGGCAAGUCCAGUGGGUUCGGGACCCCACGGCUGGUCAGCCGCAGCAGCAGUGUGCUCAGCCUGGAGGGCAGUGAGAAGGGCCUGGCCCGGCGUGGCAGCGCCUCUGACUCCCUCAGCUGCCAGCUUCCCUCAGAAGUGGAUGUCAGUGUGGGGCUGGCCGCGGAGGACUGCCCUUCUGUCAAUGGGACAGAGCCCCCAAACCCAGGCUGCCCCAUAGAGCCUGACAGGUCUUCCUGUAAGAAGAAGGAAUCCAUGCUCUCCACCCGGGAUCGGUUGUUGCUGGACAAAAUUAAGAGUUAUUACGAAAAUGCAGAACACCACGAUGCAGGCUUCAGCGUCCGGCGCCGGGAGAGCCUCUCCUACAUCCCCAAAGGACUGGUCAGAAACUCGGUCUCCAGGUUCAACAGCCUUCCCAGGCCAGACCCAGAGCCAGUGGCCCCAGUGGGGCGCAAGAGACAAGUGGGCUCCCGGCCGGCUUCGUGGGCUCUGUUUGAUCUCCCAGGACCAAGCCAGGCAGGCGCGGCGGAUCCGCCUCCUAUCACAGAUGCUGAGUUCCGCCCAUCUUCCGAAAUUGUGAAGAUAUGGGAGGGGAUGGAGUCUUCCGGGGGGAGCCCUCGGAAGGGGCCAGGCCAUGGCCAGGCCAAUGGCUUUGACCUGCACGAGCCACUCCUCAUCCUGGAAGAGCACGAGCUGGGAGCCAUCACCGAGGAGUCGGCCACUGCCUCUCCAGAAAGCGCCUCGCCCACCGAGCGUCCCAGCCCAGCCCACCUGGCCCGGGAGCUGAAAGAGCUGGUGAAGGAGCUGAGCAGCAGCGCCCAGGGAGAGCUGGUGGCCCCACUGCACCCCCGCAUCGUGCAGCUCUCCCACGUGAUGGACAGCCAUGUGAGCGAGCGCGUCAAGAACAAGGUCUACCAGCUGGCCCGCCAGUACAGCCUCCGCAUCAAGAGCAGCAAGUCGGCCAGGCCACCGCUGCCCUGGGAAAAGGCAGCUCCCGAGAGGGAUGGGAAGAGAGCCACCGUUCCCUGCCUACAGGAGGAGGUGGCUUGGGAGCCAUCCAGUGGCAAAGGUAAGAGAAAGCCAGUGCUGUCCCUCCUCGACUAUGAGCCUCUGGUGGUCCAGGAGCAUAGCCCCCCCAAGUCCUCCUCUGCUGGGGAGACGGCACCACGGCGUUUCUCCUUCAGCCCUUCUGCUGCCAGCCCGAGGACCACCUCGCCUCGGGCCCGGUCCUCCUCUCGAAGCCCCCGAAGCCCCUUCGACACUGAGACCUUCAAUUGGCCUGAUGUCCGAGAGCUCUGCUCCAAGUACGCCUCCCACGAUGAGGCUCUCCGGGCCGAGGGCAGCCAGUCCCGUGGCCCACCUGUCAACCGGAGCCGCUCGUUGCCCGAGAACAUGGUGGAGCGGCCUCUGUCUGGCAGGGUGGACCGCUCCUGCAGCCUGAACACCACGAGGGCCAAGGGAGGCCGAGAGGCUGCCCAGCCCCAGCCCCCCCGGUCUCCACCCCAAAUCGGCAUGGACAGAAGUGAGGCCUUGUUUGUCACCGCAGACCUCACCCUGGAGGACAAGCGGCGGGUGAUUAUCAUGGAGAAGGGGCCCCUUCCUGGCCCCGCUGCAGGGCUGGAGGAGGAGGGCAGGGGGCAGGGACCAAGCUCACCAGCAGCCCUGGUGGGGCAGGGCCAGGAUUUCCAGGAGCCUGUAGAGUGCCGGCCGAAGGAAGAGAGCGCCAGGGACCCAACAGACCCAAGCCAGCAGGGCAGAGUGAGAAACCUCAGAGAGAAAUUCCAGGCCUUGAACUCUGUAGGUUCACUCUGACUCCUGGGGGAAGGAGUCAUGUUGGAGGCUGGGAAGAGCCUGGGUCACAGGAGCCCUGCCCAGGGCCGGCGGAAGGCUGUCCCCUCUGCUGUCCUGGAAGAACGCUCCCAUGUGCGGUGGACUCACUGCUGCCUGUGCCGUGUGCUGGUGCUUGUGACAGCUUUCCACAGGCCCGAUGAGCCACUCCUCCCCUCUGAGGCCAAUGUGCCACUUUCCUUGUAAAUAGUUCUUCUCUGGUAAGAAGCCAAAUACUUAAGCUCACCUCUUCCCAGGAAGAGCAAGCUCUGCUCAGGCCACUGCCAGCCCGAGGAGCCCACCCCAGGGAGACUUGGGACGGGGCCUGGGGGGGUCUUUGCUCUUUAACUGCGCCUUUCCUUAGGAUCCAGGCAGGAAUGAAGCCGAUAAUUUAUUGCUUUCCAUUCUGUGGUGUGUGUGUGUGCACAUGUGAGUGUGUGUCCUCUUGUUGCUUAUGCCCCUCCUGUGAGGAAUGUAACAGAUUCAGUUCAGGUACUCUGAGGGUUGUCUCGCUGACCCUGUGGUUGUCGCUAAUGUACACACAUUUCAUUAUUUGCCAAUGGUGCAAUAACCGCUGCUGACCAAC